ACCACACCACACCUCUCUUGCACUCGUCUGCUUCAGUUCCCGGUUCCGACCCGUCUGACUCGACCCGUGCCCUCUUCGCGCUCUCUCUCCCUCUCUCGUCUCGUCUCGUUCCGCGACUCGUCCCGUUUCGUCUCGUCUGCACGACCUCGCUCUCCGACCCCUAGUCUCGUUCUCUCUCCAAGCUUCGUCAUCAUGGCUGCCAAGGUUUACGUCGGCAACCUCUCGUGGAACACGACCGACGAUGGUCUCGCCCACGCCUUCUCGGCUUACGGCCAGCUCACUGACUACAUUGUCAUGAAGGACCGCGAGACGGGCCGCUCGCGCGGCUUCGGCUUCGUCACCUACGGCACGCAGCAGGAGGCCGACGCCGCCAUUGCCGCGCUCAACGAGCAGGAGCUCGACGGCCGCCGCAUCCGCGUCAACAUGGCCAACUCGCGCCCUGCCGGCGGCAUGGGCGGCGGCAUGGGCGGCGCCAUGGGCGGCUACGGUGGUGGCUACGGUGGUCAGUACGGUGCCGGAGGUGCUCCUGCCUCUGGCUUCGGCGGCUACGGUCAGUAUAACCCAGCCUAGCAGCCGGGACCGAAGGCCUGCGCCUUCUCUGCCGUGCAUCGCGCAAGCGGAGAGGCGCGGGUCCUUCGAACCUGUGCUGCCUGUGCCGGGCACCUUACAGCGCUGACACCCUUCUCGUCCACAGGCGGCCAGGGCGGCUUCGGCGGCCAGCAGCAGGGCUACGGCCAGCAGUCGUACGGCGCCCCGCAGGGCUACGGCCAGCAGGGCUUCGGCCAGGCGCCGCAGGGCUACGGCCAGGCUCCUCAGGGCUACGGCCAGGCCCCGCAGGGCUACGGCCAGCCCCAGCAGGGCUUCGGCGGC